CGGCGGUGCAGCGUCAACAACUGCCAGAAGACAGCCAAGCGCGGCGGGCGCUGCAUCGCACACGGAGGCGGCAACAAGUGCGCCGUGGACGGAUGCACCACCAGCGUCGUGAGUCGAGGCUUGUGCGUCGCACACGGCGGAGGCAAGCGAUGCCAGACCCCGUCGUGCACCAAGAGUGCUCAAUCCGGAGGAUUCUGCUGGGUCCACGGCGGUGGGAAGAAGUGCGGCUAUGAGGGCUGUCCCAAGCGUGCUCAGAGCGGUGGCGCCUGCAUCGCCCACGGU